ACACCAUUGCAUAGAGAUUACCUGCAGCUAGGCCGACGAUAUUUGUGGAACAAAACCUCACGUGGCCGAAGAUGGACCCGACUGAUAACAUCAUCACAUAAAAUAUCAUACACCCCAACGAUGCAUCAAUAAAUGCCCAAAUACGCGUCCACCAGGGCAUCCUCACCAAGAGUUCGUCAUAUUUCCAAAAGCAAAUGGAGCCAUAAUGGGUCGCGCAGAGAGAGGAUCCGAAUGUCAUCGACCUUUACUACAACAAACUCGACACGAUCCACAAUUACGUCCGAUGGCUUUACAAUGGCAUCGUGCCCGUCCAGCUCUAUAUAGCAGACGAUGAUGAGGACCGCGAAACGAGGGCCGAAGAAGCAGAGAAGGUCUUCGUUCAGCUCGCAUACGCAUACGUCUUUGGCGAAAGAGCUUUCGACUCAAAGCAUAGGAACGCGGUUAUAAAGACCAUUUUCGCGGCAAAGAAGUAUUCUAGUUAGUAAUUAGGGCUAGAGAGCGUCAAUAUUAUAUAUGCUGGCACCCCGC